CUCCGCCUCCGCAGGCCCGGGACGUGCCCGGCUGGCGACCGAGCGGCGGGUACGGCGUCCGGCGCACUCACUUCCGCGUCCCGCCGUCCUGCGGCCCGCGCGUGCUCAGCCCCCGCCGCUCUCGGACAAUAGGCCGCCCGCUCCGGCCCCCCGUGAACUUCCUGCCACCGCCAGACCGGCCGGUGCGCUGGAGGACCGCGCUGCCUCUCGGCGCGGGCCAGGAUCACAGCUGCGCGGCUGCGAGGGUAAGCGGAGGGGACCGAGCGCGCCCGGGACGUGCCUGCGCCUCCGGCCGCCGCGCCUUUGCUCGGGCUGGGCGGUGCGGAGGCUUCUGCCUUCUCUGGCCCUGGCGACUUCACACCGGCCCGGUCCUGUGGCAGCCGCCUUGUGGGCUUCUGCGUUUGGUUGGUUAAGGAGGAUGUGAUUUUUUUUUCCUCCUUUCAUGAUUUGAAAAAGAGAAAAGAACGCACUGUAAGCUGGGACGGGGAAGCGCCACCAUCUGCCCCCACGUGGACACUUCCGAGGGGAAAAGGAGUUGGAAGAACUUGAUCCAUCAGGCUUUGAGGCCUCAGCUUUGGCUGGACUGUAAGGCCUGGGGUCAUGACUCUCACUCUGGGCAGGUGGAAGGUUUUACCUGUUCUGGGCUGGACUUGAGCCCCAGUUCUUGGCCAGCAUCAUCCCCUCCCCACCCCACCCCCCAAACACACACACACACACACACACACUAACUGGGCACCUGGCCUAGGCCUCCACACCAGUCUGCAACAUGGAUAAAUACGACGACCUGGGCCUGGAGGCCAGUAAAUUCAUCGAGGACCUGAACAUGUAUGAGGCAUCCAAAGAUGGACUCUUCCGAGUGGACAAGGGUGCAGGCAACAACCCAGAGUUUGAGGAAACACGCAGGGUGUUUGCCACCAAGAUGGCCAAGAUCCACUUGCAGCAGCAGCAGCAGCUCCUGCAAGAGGAGACCCUGCCCCGGGCCAGCCGAGGUCCUGUCAAUGGUGGGGGGCGCCCGGGCCCCCAGGCCCACCGGGACGCAGGUGUGGGCAGCAAGCUGACAACGGAUGGUGCUGCCAAGCCCCCUCUGGCUGCCUCGACAGGAACUCCUGGGAUGGCUGCCACCAUCACCACUGGGCAGCCCUUGUGCCCACCCCAGGAGCAGAGGGCCAGGCAGUAUGUCCAUGGCCUAAGGCCUGGUAGCCAGGACUGUGGUUCCAAGGAGGGCCCGGCGAGCUCUGAGAUGUCUGCUUUCCAUGGGGUGAGUCCCUGCGAGGACCCCUCCUGCCUCACCCAUGGAGACUAUUACGACAACCUUUCCUUGGCAAGCCCAAAGUGGGGCGAAGAACCAGAAGUGCCUUCCAGCAUCAGGCUGGGGGUAGGGAGCGGGUGGCCUGGCGCCCCAGGAAGUGAUCCGGCACCACCCAAACCCUCUAGGGAUCCUCACUUAUACCAGCCACAGCUCUCCCCAAGCACCAGCAGGUCAUUUGAGAGCGGCCAGGACCGGGGAGUCGAUGGCCGCAGCAGCGAGAAGCCAGCAGGUCUUUGGACCACCGCCUCCUCCCAGUGGGUGAGGCCUGGUCUGCCCUCCCCGGGCCCAGAGAACGGAGCCCUGUUGGGACCGGCUCAGCCCAGGACCCCUUUCUCAGCACCGCUGGCCCUGAGCUGCCCGGGUCAGGGAGCUCUUCCCAGAACAAACUCUGGGGUGGGGAGAGAGGUUUCAGGCAUGACGCCCCACCCAAGCGUGCACCCUCAGCCCUGGUUCCAGGAGGGCCCCAAAUCUUACCUUUGUAGCUCUGGGCCAUCAUCUUUGCCAGCCAGCAUGGACGGUUUGCAGCUGGGUGCAGCAGCCCCCGGCCUGGGUCCCAAGCCUGGUUGCACAGACCCUGGCGUUGGUCCCAAACUCAGCCCCACCAGCCGCGUCCAUCCAUCGAUGUCCACUCCGCUGGAGUUACCUGGUAAAGAAGGUUCCUCUGGCUGGUCUUCUGAGGGCAGCCUGGGGCCUGUGCUCACAGAGAGCCCCAGCCCCCACAGAGUGAAGCUGCCCUGCCAGACCCUCAGCCCGGGCCCUGAGCCUGGGCCCUCGGCCGCCGAACUGAAGUUAGAAGCCCUCACACAGCGCCUGGAGCGGGAGAUGGAUGCUCACCCGAAGGCCGACUACUUUGGUACCUGUGUGAAAUGCAGCAAAGGGGUGUUUGGGGCCGGCCAGGCCUGCCAGGCCAUGGGGAACCUCUACCACGACGCCUGCUUCACCUGUGCGGCCUGCAGCCGGAAGCUGAGAGGAAAAGCCUUUUAUUUUGUCAACGGCAAAGUGUUUUGUGAGGAAGACUUCCUGUACUCUGGAUUCCAGCAGUCUGCGGACAGGUGUUUUCUUUGCGGCCAUCUGAUCAUGGACAUGAUCCUGCAGGCCCUGGGGAAGUCCUACCACCCUGGCUGUUUCCGCUGUGUCAUCUGUAACGAGUGCUUGGAUGGGGUGCCCUUCACCGUGGACUCGGAGAACAGGAUCUACUGUGUCCGAGACUACCACAAGGUGCUGGCCCCCAAGUGUGCAGCCUGCGGGCUUCCCAUCCUCCCCCCCGAGGGCUCCGACGAGACCAUCCGCGUCGUGUCCAUGGACAGGGACUACCACGUGGAGUGUUACCACUGCGAGGACUGUGGCCUGGAGCUCAAUGACGAAGAUGGCCACCGCUGCUACCCCCUGGAGGACCGCCUGUUCUGUCAGUCCUGCCACGUCAAGAGGCUGGAGAAAGGCCCCUCGUCCGCAGCCCCUCACCAGCACCACUUCUAGCCGGAGCCUCGUACAGAGACCUCGGGCAGGACGAGGCCGGGGCUGCGCAAUGACCGAUCCGCCUGUUGAUUCCAGUGGUCCCCGGGGUGGCGUUGGGGUGGGGUGGGAGGGCCUGGCCGGCAAGCGCCUGCGAGCACGCGUGGGGUCCUUUCCUUUCCCCAGUGAGGCCAGCCCUCCCUGUCUGGUGUGUGUGUUUUCCAAGGGCCUUUCUCCACUGGCAUGUGCUCAUCAGAUCGUUCUGGAAGACGCUCCAGCAGGUGGGUGGCAUGUGGCAGGGGAUCACAUCAGUGCAACCAGAUGAGCCCGCCUGUCUCCUCCCCACGGGGGCAGGUUCACCCUGGGCAUAUUUCCCAAUAUGCCUGGAAGAGAGAUUUCAGCUCCCGAUCUAUUCCACCCUUUUCCUCCCUUUAGGAAAACCCACGCACCUGCCCUCCCCAUGGGCACAUGGGUGUGCACACACACGUGACUUAAAGCUUCCUUCCACCCCAGGGUGUCAGCUCUUCUGCAGAAGGGCUGCAGAUUUCACUUGGUUUAUGGCGAGAGGGAAGCCCUGACAUGUGCUGAGUCUCUUGGAAAGACUUUCCUCAGUAAACCAGAGCCAGGUGUUGAAGUAGGCGAGACCAGGUGGCCUCCCGUACCCCGACAGCACUGUGCGCGUCCCCGCAGGUCUUCCCUCCCCUAUAGGCAGCAGCGGGGGGCUUUGGGACAAAGAACUUGGUGCGGGCACCAGGCCCCUCUGCCCCCGUUUACGCAUGUCCCCUCUGCAGCCCUCCGGAGUCCGUGACUUUGGAGUCACUCCCCAAAAGGCAAGUCUCGGGAUCCCACGUGCAGACGUCUCCUGGGCUUUGGGGAGUCCUGUUGCAUCCCAAGAGCCAGCCCCCUACAGCUGAGGGGUGUUUGUGUGUGAGACCUCGAGACCAGCGUGGGGGUGUGCCUGAGGAUAAGUUAUUACAAUCAUUUCACAAGUGUCUCUUGCCCAACCCUUGGCACAGGCGUGCGUUUGAAGACACCAGUAUAAGGUACAGCGCUUUUGUCUGUUCUUUCCUUCUUUUUUAAUUGUUUCCUUCCACUGUCAGCCUUCCACACCCAAAAAAUACCUCACAGAUAAGAGCUUCACCAAAUCGCGGGCAGGGGUGGAGUUCGCCCGUCACAGUGGGCUCAGCCGGCUCUGUGGCGUGGUGGGAAGGUCUGGCUGCGCACGGCCCGCCUCCGGCGGGUAGGGCACUGUGACCGUAACCAAAGGGCAGAGGACUAGAGCAGGUUGACGUCGGGUGCUGUGCACUGCACCUGGCUGGCUCCCCAGGACGACAAGGGCUCAGAGGGCCACACACAGGCAAGAUUUCAAGGCCACCUCUGCACUGAGGAGGCAGAAUUGGCCCUGCACGUCAUAAUCCUGAGGCCGGACGGGGCUCAAGGUCCCUCAGCACUUCAACAAGAUGUGUGCACAGGUAGUUUUAAGAGACUGGCUGCCAGUUGCCCCGCGGCCUUUGUCACAGGAGCACGGGGCCGUCUCACCACUGCCAGCCAGGCUGGGGCACUGCAGCUGGCAUCUGCUCCCUGCCUCUUCACCUGGCACCCCACGAGGGAGGACCAGGGGAUUUGGGCUGUGGAGGGCGGUUGGGGAGCCUUCCUGGGACCCCCCAGACUUUCUGCAGGGCCCAGCUUCCCGUUUGGGCCGCGUUUUGACUCAGACGCAGGUGCCUGUAAGGAGCACAGCACAGGCACUGGGGACAGUUUCACAUUUUUAUUCAUUCAGCUGGAUCCUUUGGCCAGACGUCACUUCUGUCCAGGCUGCGUGCUUUCAUUGGUUCCUUUUCAAGGGCUGAGCCUCCUGAAAAGCCAUGAGUGCACAGGGCUGGGGCAGUGACCCUUGGGGUCGUACCCCUCUCUUCCCGUCUAGUCAUCGGGCUCAGCCCGGGCAAGGCUGUGGGCAGGAGGCCGGCCAGUGCGUCUCAACCUGCCUUUGCCAACCCAGGAAUGUUCUUAGCCUUGCAGACUCAUCUUUGCUCCACUUUCAAGCCCCACAGAGUGAAGAAAGUUGCCUUGGAACCACUGUCAGAGGCAGGAGGCAUGCGUUUGCAAAUUGGGGAACUAGUUAAGUGUGUGAUUAAUUUUUUUAAUGAAAAUUUUAAAAUGGCCUUGAUUGGGGUGAUUCCGAUCUUGCUGCAAACGUGGCAUUUUGUGGCAUUGAAGAGCAGUGAGAGAAUUACGAGACAAAAGCCAAAGAGCAGCUUCUCUUGUGAUCGGCGUCCCCAGAGCAGGUACCCGGCAGGACUCUUGUUUGGUUUUCUCCUGCUCAGGCCCUUGUGUAUAAGCCAUGAGGAAGUGUUCUUCUACCUGGUUAUCUGAAACAUUCUGUGAGUUAUUAGCUAAAUAGAACUGUACUGGGGUUGUACUUACAGGCACCUAGAAAGAAAACCAGGCACCUGGUAGACCAGGAUGAGUAAGUUUGCUAUAAAAGAGCAAACAGCCCUUCUUGGGUUCCCUAGACAACUUGUGGACUUUAUAGCCAGAGGAGAAGAGGAAGAUUAUGGCCUGAUCCCAGGCCCCAAAGCCAGCCUCCAGCCUUCUCCCUUGCCUCAUUUUGACCUUUAGUUUUUUUCUGGCCGCCUGCCACUAGCUCCCCACCCUGCUGCCAACCCCCCCCCCCCCCCCCCCCCCCCCCAGGUAGGGUCAUUCAAACGCCGCCUGGGUGGUCUGAGGAAGGCCAGUGACCCAGUUUGGCAGACUAUCAGGAUUCUCUGUCUGAUGUGUCCCUAUCUGAGUGAAUUGCUGAGUAAGGAGUGAUCUCUCCAUCUCUCACCUGGGAGGGCCAAACCGAGUCCUGUCCCCGUCACUGCAUGUCCCCAGCGCUGGACUUCAUUGCUCCGUGGGGAGUGCUGGAGUGGAGACCUCUUUCAGCUGAAUCCUGAGCUGAUGAUGCCAUUGAGUCCUGGGUGGCUGGAGGGGAUCCCAGAAUUCUGAUCACCUUCAAGGCUUCCAUUGCCUUGUUCCCGUGGGCUUGAGUCCCACUUGCAGAAGGGAAACAGGAAUGUGAGGGCCUGAGAGAAUUCUGUCUCUCCACAGUCCUUUGCAGGCUCUCUUCGUGUGCCUUUCUCACGUGUGUGAAAGUGUGAGAGCUGUGAGGGCCGCUGGGACUCUUGCAGAGCGUGUGUGAGACGUGACCCCAAGCCGUUGUUGCUUGGUGCGCUUGUUAGUAAAACCCCGUCUGCCAGGAAACCACAUUCUUCCUGCUCUCCUUUGUGCCACAAGUAGCCCUAAUUUCCCAGUUACUACGUGAACUAACUUUUGAAAGCAAUAGAAAAAAAUGAAUAAAAUAUAUUAGCUAUCUGUUGUUCUGAGCCAGAACUGGACUGAUUUGGGAAAUUUCCAGAGUGUGUGAAAAUUUCAACUGUGGGGCAAAAUUAUUUUUCUGUCUCUUCUUUUACUACAGAAUGAUUCAAAAACUCAAUGCUAUUAUAAAAUCGUGCAAAAUAUUGUUACUAAAAGUUAUUUGAGAUGUUACUGUUACUGUAAAGUGAUUCAAAAUACCAUGACAAUAAAACUACAUCAACUUGUAGACUAUUAAAGUGCUCUCCAAACACGA